GCAGCUAAAGUUACAGGCAGUUGUGAGCCAUCUGAUGUGGAUUCUAGGAACCCAAAUUGGGUCCUCUCUAAGAGCACAAAAGAAUCUUAGGCUCAAGCUGUCACUCCAGCCACUGACUUUAUUAUAUCCUAGUAAAGCUUGGGCAUUCUUUGCAGACCUUAACUAGUCUUAAGGCUUAAUAGAGCUCUGGAUAGACCUAAACUAGACUUAUGUAUUACCUUGACAUUAAAUGGACUCUAAUACUCUAAUUCUAGGUCCAGGUCAUGCCUAGAAUUCAAUCAGACUUGAUUACAUCUUAACCAAGCUUAGGCUUUUGUAAGUAUUAACAAAGCUUAUCAUUGCUGUUAGUAAGAUUCCUGUUAAGCACUAGUCAGGGCUUAUGCCUAAUUCAGGCUGGUCAGAGCCCAGCUAAACUCUAGCUAAUAUCUAAGUCGAUUUUAGCUUCAUUCAGACUCUAGCUGAGCUCUCAUCAGGGUCCAAUCCUGGUUCCACUCAAAGUACAGCCGAAUCCUUGCAAUGUCACAAGCAUGGUUAAACUCUAAUUAGACUCUAAGACUAUGUUGGGUCUAGUAAGAGCCUCAUUGCUUCUAGCCAUGCUGGAAGUAUAGCUAAAUUCAAAUGAGUCCAUGAAAAUCCUAGUUAGGGCCUAAGAUUAAUUAAGUCUGAGGGACAGAGUACUUAACCCCUAGCAAUGAUAUAAACAUUGUUUAGUUCUAUUAGAUAUGGCUAAGAGUCAGCAAAGGCCUCAGACUAUAUAUAAUAAAAUCUCAUUGAAGUCUAGGCAGGGCCUAAGCCUAUGUAAGUAUUGUUGAUCAGAGCCAAAAGAAUGUCUAGCUAAGGUUAUAGAUCACAGUUAAGCCCUGGUCUGGGUCUAAGCCUUAUUUAGGUAUAGAGAGAGACUGGUUAAACUCUAUGCAGAAAAUAAGCUUGGUUCAGGUUUAUGAAUAUCUUAGUUAAGACAUAGCUUGGGCUUCAGCCUCAUUCAGAUAUAAUUAAGUCUAACUUUGGUCUUGGCAGAGACUAAGACUAGUUAAGGGUUGGUUAGAGCACGUUUAGGACCUAGCUGUUGUAAAAGUUUCAUUUGGUCCUAGUUGGAGCCUAGUUCAGAUCUUCCCAGGAUCUAAUCCUGUUUUAGAUUCUGUUAAAACACAAGUGGUUCAGGUUUAGUUAGAAUGGACAUAAGCUCUUUUGAGUAUAUAAGGCUAAUUAGGUUUAGCAAGAGCUGAGACAAACCCUCUCCCAGGGAGUAAACCUAUCAAGUGUUAUUCAUAGUAUAAUUAAAGAGUUGCAAAUUUAUAAAUGUUCAAGUGUCAAUUAGAGGCCUCCUUUAGAACCUAGCUGAUAUUUCAGCCUAGUGUAAACAUAAUUCAAUGCCAGUUAUAACAAAAGCAGGACCUAAACUCUCUUUAGUAUAAGUCAGAGCCAAGAUAAGCCCUCACCAAAGCCUAAGCCUAGUUAAUUUCUAGGUUGAACCAAAUUAUGUCCUAUGAAAGUCAUAGAAAUCACAUAGUAUUAUUGAACUUACUUUAGACUUAACCACGGUGUAGGUGUAGCUAAGUCUAGUUAAUUCCUCAGUGUAGUUAAAUGUUAGAUUUUACUUAACAUUUUACUUAAAGCCUAGCUAAUGACUGAGCUCAGGUUAAGUCUGGUCAGAGCCCAGUUAAGGCCCACUGAGAGACCAAACGGGGAUCAGGCCUAGUCACCUCAGUUAAGAACUAGGCAGAACAUUUGCUUACUUAAGUACUGGUUAGCUUGGCUAAAAUCUUGUCAAUGCCACUAAGGCACAUUUGAGACCCUAAAUAUCCUUGCAACAUAGUCAUGGUAUAAUUAGCAGGGCCCCAGCACAGUUGAAAUCUGUCAAAGCCCUAUUAGGGUGUAGUCAAAGCCUUGUUCUAGUUAAAAGCAAACUAGUUUGGUUUAAGACUCAAAUUAUUUAAGUAUUAAAAUUUAUUUGUCAACUUUUAGUGUAGUUGAAUCUUGGGUAGCUCCAAACAAAUGUCUAGUUUAGUUCCAGCUCAGGAACUUGCUGAAGAAUUAUUUAUGGCCUACAUUUAGUUUAUGUAUAGUCAAAUCCUAGUAGUGCUUGCAUAAUUGGAGACUGGUUAAAGACCAAAUCUUAAGUUUUAAACAGAAACUAUUUAUGGCAGGGCCCACACCCAUUCCUAUCAUGAAGACAUAGUCAGAACACAGUUAAGUCCUAUACAAAUCUUUUUUUAAGGUACACCCAAAGCUUAAGAUUACUUCAAGAUUAUCCAUCUUGAUAAAGGUCUCUCUGAGUUAUGGUUAAAUUGUAACAUUAUUCCUGACCAACUAAAACCUCAACAGUCCAGUUAAAGCCUAGCCAGGGCCAAAACCCGGUUACUACCUCCGAAGGGACUGAAGCUAAAGUCUAGUCAGAAUCUCAGUUUAAAUGAAGCCUUGUCACAGUCUUGCUAGAAUAUAGAGAGAAUCUAAAACUAUUUCAAGAGCUAGUUAAGUAAGUUAAGGCCUACUCAGGCCCCUGAGGGUCUAGUCAGUGCCAAAGUCCAGUAAAAGCAUCGUAGGUUCUGUUAAGGUCUGGUCAGGCUCAGCUGAAGCUUAAUCAGCAUUCAGUUUUGUUCUAAUCAGAACCUAAGACAUUUAAAGCCCUGGCCAGCCCUAUUAAAGUUUGACUAGGAUGUAAACAUAGUUUAGACCUAUUCAAAACCCACUUUAAUCCCACCCAGGUCUAAAUCUCAGUUGAGAUCUUGUGAAAACCUUCUUAGUCCCCAGCUGGGCUAUAAAUCUAGAGAAGGUGUUGCGGGACUCUCUCUGGAAUAAGCACUCCGACACCAAUGGGAGUGGAAGAGAGGAGCUGUCUUCACCGGUGAACUGAAGUCAGGAUAGUUCCAGAACGGCUUCCGUGCCAGGUGUCUUUUUGAGGAGGAGACCAGCGGUGUGUUUGUGGCAAUACCCAUCCCUGUUGUGAGAACUUCCUGCCUCCGGGUCAGCCUGGACCUCAACCAAUUUCAGGAUCAUCUGCAGCCUAUUUGAAAGCAGAGCUCCAGAAGUCAUUUUCUAGGCACAGCUGUAACCCUUUUGUUCAUCUUGGCUCUAUUACAGAUCUGAUUUGCUGUGUUGUCUUGGAUGUGACAAUUUGGUGGUGAUUAUCAUAGUAAUUGACUACUAGUACGGACAUUUUGUGAGAGGUUAAGCAACUAGACUCAUUCCAUACUUGAUCACCAUUAUAAUCACACCAACUACCUCAUUUCUCCUCAAAGCCAACAGAAGGACCAUUAAUCUGCUCCACAAGAUCCACUGUUAUCAAGAACUCAUUUGCUUUUAGUAAUAUUUUAUAUCUUGAGAAGAGGAUUAAGCCAUGGAGUCUGUGUCAAUCCCUUCACUAGUUACUGGCCUUAUUGAUUGCGUAGCCCAGUUAAUAAGAAUAGCGGAGGAGCUGUUGCAUUUUAUCUCACAGGAACAAGCUGCUUUUGCACAACAGAAUGGUAUGAUGGAGGAGGCAGCAGCACUUGUGCCUCCUCCUGAGGAAGAGUCCUUGCCGGAUCUUGCUAAUCUUUCCGAUUUAGAAUCAAUACUUUCAGUGAAAGGAGACGAAGACCUAAUCCUUGAUAUGGAUGAAGCUAUGAUAGAUGUGAAUGACAUCUAUGAGGAGAUACUCCCUGCAAUAAAGGAUGAUACAGAAAGUGAGUAAGAGUCAGCAUGUGGAGAUCAUCAUUUUUCUAUUUCAAAUACGUUCUAUUUUUCUAGGCUUUAGCAAUAAGUGCUUUCUUCUAGUUCUGCAUAGUUUCAUUAUUAAAAACACAUAGAAUAGGUAAGCCUUGAUUUCUUCUUGGCAAAACCAUUUUUUUCUAAGUUUUAAUUCAAAGGAUGACUUUAGUUAUGUAGUUCUUCCUUUCCUUGUACUAUUAGGAUUCUUCAUAAGAUCAAAUAAUAGCAAAGAAAAGAAUCUCCCUAAGAAUAGAAUGAAGAACUGAUGAACUCUGCCACAUACAAACACCCAAUGUCACUAUUCUGGCAUAGAUGGAAAUUCUAAGGGUUGUAUUCUCCAGCAGGGUAUUACAGUGAAUAUUUUCACAUGGACAGUACAAUGUUGAGACAUUGCAUAUUAAAGAGAGAGAUUUCUAUGGCAGAGUAAGGCAAAUAAUUCUGAAAGUGCCACAUCUACCAGACAAUAAAAUUAUAGAAUGGUUUUCCAGAUUUACUGGGGACAAACCUUUGAGAAUUCUGGGGCCAAGAUAUGCCAAUGAAAGACUGCUUCCACAAAUGCUGAUGCAUACUGAAACUCUUUGCAAUAUUGUUCUCUGAUGGAAACUGAAGCUUGUACCAGAAAUGAAAGAAAGAAGUUCUAGAAUGGCAAGACAAGGCCCAACAAAGACUUCGUCAACAGAAAGUCAAACUCUUAUGUCAUGACCUGGAGGUUAUGGUCCACAAGGGGAAGUGGACAGUGCAUAUCUUCUUGUGUAUAACUGAGUUUAAGACAGAUAGAAAGCUUAUUGUAGUAGGAUGGCUACAACAUUAACCUAGCAAUAUUUGUUAUUAAGAGGUAAAAUAUGCAAGAUGUAGACUUGUAUUGAGACACAGUAAUCUUCUAUGUGUCAGAAGGGUAAAACACAAUAGUUUUAGCACCCUCAUGCUGAAACAGAAAGCAGAUAUGCAAGAAAUUCACUGAUUAUACUAACCUAUGCCAUACAAUCCUUUUACUUCCAUGGACAUACAGUAUGGGCUUCUUACCAAUUUAUGUAGAGUCCUAAAGCAUGUCAUAGUUAAAAAGAUUAAUAGGGCAUUUAGUACAGAUGAUUUCAGAGCUAACUAACAUGACAGAUGCAUGGCAAGCAUACAAGUAGAAUAAAUGAAAAUUAUGUUAAAAUGCAGUUACCAGGGUUAGUUACAUAUUAUAGUAGGCAGUAUACUCUAAGCCUAUUGCUACAAUACCUUUUUUAAAUAAAAAAAUUGAAUCUUAUUUUCCCAAUAUAAAACAGAUUCUAGGUAUGCAAGUACAGCCAAAGAGGCAAAUAGGUGAUGCACUGAAAAAUUAACCUAGACAGUUUGGAGAAAGGAUGAAGAAAUAGUGUAAUUUUCUAUGCCAGGAGGAAAUGUUAAUGAAUAAUUCUAAUAAUUAGUGAAACAGUUAGGAUUCUUUUCACAUUUAAUAAAAUAUUUACAAAUAAUGAUAAAAAGAAUUGUAGGAAAGUUAGAAAACAUAAUCUACUAGGCUAGGCUAGGGACAACUAGGGGAAAUAUAUAUUGCCAUCAAGAAAAUUUCAACUGUAGGAUAUGGGGUAUAAUUUUCUGUCAAAAUAAAACUCAAAUCAUAAAUAACUGAACAAACUCCAGAAACAUCCAGAGAGAGGCCAUCAGUCUACUAUAAAUUUUAUUUAGUGAGUAAUUUACCUGACAAAGAGCAAACUUGUUGCUCUAUAAACGUCGUAGACACAUGAAAGGGUAGAUAACAAUCCAAGUAGAACCCUAGAGUAUGGACUAACAAUUCGCAAUUGAUUAAUAAAGCACCAAUUAACUCAAGCAGGCCAUAACAAGAGAAACCUGUAAGGCUACUCUAGACUUUGCAGUAAGACAAAGCCUUAUACAAGACUGAACAAUAAUAAAUGGACAGUGUGAUUCUUAGAUGUCAGAACAAGAAGAUGCUGCAAGCUCGUAAUAUGUGGAUCUGUUUAGCCCCUUGUUUACCUGCAACACCUGGGAAGAUGGAAAUAUAAUGGCACCUAAGAACUAAAUACAUAUUUCAGUAUUUGCCUUGAUCGUAUAAUCAUAUACAUUUAGGAACCAUUAAGAUGCAACUCUAUUUCAAGAAAUGGACUGUUGUAUCAAGUAUGUUUGCUAUAUGGGACAGUAUUAGAAAUAGAAUUAGAGGUGAUAAAGAGCAGGCUUUAGCAGAAAAAGUAUUUAAGAACAAGAUCCAGUGGGGAAGGUAUUUUCCAUAGAGAAAACAUUUUAAAUUGCUGGAGUUACACAGUUGUUUGAGAUGGGGUUACUUCCUGAGGUUUUAGUUUAUCUGUGCCUUAUGAAAAUUAGCCAACCCUAAGGUAGUGCUAGAAGUAGCUAGAUAGUAGGUGAUAUAGAUUAAGUAGAUAGUUACAUUAAAAGGAGAAAUACUAAUAAUAUGCUUAUUGGAUGCCUCCUAUUGAGAUGUUGAAUCUCCUUCAUGAGAGUGGAGUGAGUGGCUGGUCCAUUAUCCAAGUAGCUGUGUUUUGGAUCUUUUUGAAGUUAAUGCCCAAACCAGAUUUUGUAUGGCAUAGAGAAAUAGAAAGGGAUCAAGGCUAUAUAUUUUGAGACAAAUUUAAAGGUGUUAAAAUCAAGAGAGAUAGGCUGGUAGAUGGCACUGAAGUAGACGGUACAAAUCUCAAUGCUUUAGCUAAAGUAGGAAAGCUGCUGAAACUAUAUACCGCAUCCUUAUAUGUAAUGAUUUUUUUCAAGUUCUUAUGUUAUAAUUGCUUAUGAUCUUUAUUGACUACUUUUCCAAACUGCUUGCUUUGAACUAAUAAACUUUGAUUUACAAACCAAAGAACUUGUAGUCUCCUUAAAUUACUUAGUAGUAAAUUUCUAGGCUACCAAACUGCCAUAAAAGGACUUUGUUAAACAGAAGGUCAUGGAAUAUAAUCAAUGAGAAUGUUGUACCAAGAGCCUGACUGUCUACUUCUGACUUGUCAGAUGAUCUCUAAGAAGUGAAUGAACAUGGUGCUUCAUCAUUUGUAAAAUGAGGAUUACACUUUUUCUGCUUACUUUUAAUGAUAAAAAGGAACAAAUGAAAAAUAGUUUUUAAAGUGUUUGAUGUAACCGACAGUGGACUAGAAUACAUGAAAUUGUGACAUUUCAUAAGUCAUUCCAUACCAACAAAUGUCAAUAUGAAAAUACCUGGAGAUUUAAUUGACAUGAAAGGACAAUGCAACAGUUUGCACCUGUUACUAAGAGUCAAAUGUUUCCUCAUUCUACUAUUUUAUGUAAAAAAUUAUAAUUUGGAAUUGGCUUUUGUUUAAUUCUUUGA